UCCAUCCAUAAUUGUUUUUAAUUCAUUUCGUUGAACAAGUGGUUAACCUAAAGUUCUGGAUACUAAUAGAUGGCGUUGGUAAUUUUAUCUCAUCAGCUGAUGAAAAUGUAAUGGUGAUUUUAUUUUUCUAAUUGUUUUGAUUUCUCUGUAAUUGUUUUUUUUAUCGCUUAUUUGUAUUACUACCUGUGGAUUUUGAAAUUAAAAUGUGUCCAUCAAUCGACAAUCAACUGGAAAUGGCCGGUAAAAUCUUGGUCAAUCGUAUGGAGCCGUUGAAGAAACGUUUCCGUGCUUUGUUUACUUUGAAAAAUUUAGCAACACCAGAGACAAUUAAAUGGAUUAAUCAAGCAAUGAUCGAAGAUGAUUCCAUUUUAUUACAGCACGAGUGUGGAUAUUGUUUGGGUCAAAUGGGUCUAAAGGAAGCUGUUCCAUUUUUAAUUGGUGUUCUUGAAGAUGAUCAACAAAAUGAGAUAACUCGUCAUGAGUGUGGUGAAGCUCUUGGAAAUUUAAUUGUUACUCUAUCCGAACCAGAGGAAAAGAGAAAAGUUAUCAAAGUGUUGUUCAAACAAUUAGAUGAUAAUUCAAUUAUCGUUUCUCAAACCUGUCAAUUGUCACUGGAUAAAAUUUAUUGGCUUGAAAGUGUUGAUGAGAGAGAACUUAAAUCUGUUCAAUGUGAUCGUUUCUCCACUCAUGAUCCUGCUCCACAAUUUGCUGAAACCAAAACAAUUAACGAAUUGGAAAACAUUUUAAAAGAUUCCAAUACAAGUUUACAUGAUAAAUAUCGAGCAUUAUUUUCACUUCGAAACAUGGCAACAACUGGUUCCGUUCACGCCUUGGGAAAAACACUGAUCCAUUAUAAAGACGAUCGAACCAUGGAUUUACUCUUACACGAAAUUGGUUAUAUUUUUGGACAAUUAUGUGACAUUGAAUCGAUUCCAUAUUUGAAAGAGAUUAUUUCAGAUAAAGAUUGUCAUGAAAUCGCUCGGCAUGAAUGUACUGAAGCUUUGGGCUCCAUUGGCACCAAGGAAGCGAUCACUUUUUUGGAGACAUUUUUAAACGAUGAAAAAACUGUUGUCCGUCAAAGUGCCGAAGUAGCUCUUGAUAUGACUGAUUAUUUUAGUUGUGAUCAAUUAGACGAUUAACUGAUUGUAUUCAAUUUCCAGAUCAUUUUGAAGAAUAAGGAAAGGAUAGUAGUUUAUAUUUAUUGUAUUUUUUAUUAAAUAAAAAAAUUUUGUUUCAAACCAAAAGAAA